UCAAUGAUUGGUCCAUAAUUUUCACGUCGCGUCGUUUAGCUCUGUAACUGGCGCCAGAGAAAUCGCGUUUACAAAAUACACGAAUGAAACAAAUAUACAUUUGUGUUUAGCAUCAUAAAUACUAUAUCUCUUGCACUUGAAUAAGCUCUUUUGUAAAUUUCAAGAUUUGAAACUAAUUUUGCGAUUUGGAUUUCUUAUAUAUUUGUACAAGUUUACUUACUUCAAGGACAAGAAUAAAGUUUGCGAAUUUGGACUUGGACUUUUUACACAUGUGCGCUGUGAAUUGUUUCAUUUUUUGAUGUGAUGCCUUGAUUUCCGAUUAUCCAGUGAAAUUCAUCGCAGUAUUUCUCUACAUAUGUAUCACGUGACAGACGAAAUGUUGAUAGCAAGGAGUUGAUAAGCCACGGUGUAAGUUAAGGUUCCGAUCAGGACAGGGUUUAUCUUCACCGUUUAAUCACGAGCAAGCGACAGCGAUGAUAAAAAUUUAACCGUGCCGAUUUCGAAAAAAGAUUUGAUACAUAUCGCAUAAAUAUACCCGAAUCUCCUGGAUUAUCAAAACAAACAGCAAAACAGACUGAACGCAAAAAGGACAAAAAAUUGUUGGAUUUUACAAAACACAGAAAUAAUUUGUGCAAAACGAAUGGUGUUAAUAUAUUUAUAUAUCUAUAUUAAACACUAGUUUUAUCUUCAAUGUUGACAUACAUGCCGAUCAAUAUUUAAAACAUAUUACUUAUAUAUCUCAAAAAAUAAUUUAUUUGAGAUUUAGUGUGUAAUAAAAAAAAAUAAACGCUAUGGAUAUAGCAACAGCAGAACAACAGCACGCAGCCUGGUUGAGACCAGAGGCAAACAGGAUGAGUAACGGGUACGAGCCUCCAGUCGGCUUUCCCUCAGAAGACAUUAGUGAAAUGUUCUCAUUACAACAUGGUUUUGAUGGUAACAGCUCACACAUGAACCGUGCCGCAAAUUAUUACUCACAACACUCUGCACGAGCUAUGGCAGGCUACGGAGCCACCCACAGUAGCAGCAACAUAUAUAGGCCUAAUUUCCCUCACCCACUCAAUCCCUGGGCAGCCAUUGACAGUAAAAUGCCAGCACACGCCGGAUGGGGCCUAUACAACAACAAAUCUCUCAGUCACAGUGGUACAACACCCCUGUCAGUGCACCCUGCCACCAGCAUAGCUACAUCAAGCUCAUUUAAUUUCCCGCCAACACCGCCCAAGGACGGUACACCGGACAAUGUAAAUAAUAACAAUAAUAAUAACAACACUACGUCUAAUUCUGCCGCAAAUUCAGACUAUAGUUCAGAAAAAUCUGUUUCAAAACAAGAAGACCCAGAGGCUGCGGGUCUCUCACCUUUCAUGCCACCAAGCACUGGCCACACAGCUCAUCCCGUGCCAACGUAUCCGUCAUACGUAGGAGCGGAAUACGGAGGCGGGCUAGGAUUUCACCAUCCGGGCAUGUUCAAAACGUCACCCACACUUUCAUCAAGACCAAGACAAAAAUCCCGGUCCAGUGCAGGGUUCUCGACCCGAACUUUUACAGAUGUGAUGUUCCAACGCUAUGAGGGGGAACAAGUAGGGAACCAAUCUGCAGAGGGCCGUGAGUGCGUUAAUUGUGGGGCCACAUCGACCCCAUUGUGGAGAAGGGAUGGUACAGGACACUACUUGUGUAACGCAUGCGGUCUUUAUCAUAAAAUGAAUGGACAAAACAGACCCCUCAUCAAGCCAAAACGACGCUUGUCUGCAGCCCGGCGAGCAGGAACCAGUUGCGCUAAUUGUGGAACAACAACAACAACGUUAUGGCGACGUAACGGAAAUGGCGAUCCUGUUUGUAACGCAUGCGGACUUUACUACAAACUACACAAUGUUAGCAGACCAUUGACUAUGAAGAAGGAUGGGAUACAGACAAGAAAUAGAAAAAUGUCAACAAAAAGUAAGAAGAAUAAGAAGCUAGCCGCCAUGUCCGACCUUCUUAAAGGACCUUUGGAUAAAUUUUCGGGUUUCCCGCCAAUGAAUCAUGCCAUGCACGCGCCAAUGCCUACCUACAUGACCGGUGGUUCCACGUUCGGAUCAUCCUACCUGUCACAUGGGGCACCUCAUAUGCAGGGAUCGGCGGGUGGAAUGGGAGGAUUCGGCAACUCCUUCCCAUCAUCCUUACAGUCAAGUUUUUCAUCGUCAUUUUCAAACAUACCAAACGCUCCAUCCGGGUACUCAUCUGGGCUAUCGUCUGGCUUAAAUUUGUCUACGUCAUCAAAUAUGGUUGGUCCUGCGAUGGCUUAAAGAGUGUUGAAAGGGAGCUAACUUUUUGUUACUUUGUCGUUUAGCCAUGUACGGCAAUGAUGUAGUGUUCGUGACGGCUUGCCAGAGCUGUUUCAGAUUAAGCAGCUCUGUUUUUUUGUGUUACUUUGUUUAUGUUGGCUUCGGGAAUUAAUCCAUUAAAACUGAAACAACAGUACAGAAACAAAACAAAUUUGUAGAGACUGCAAAGUACACAAUUAUACAAAAAGCCAAAGUAUAUAGCUAUAAGACCUAAUUUAUAGCCAGGGAAGUUUAAAACCAAAAAACAUGUAAUAAACAACUAUUUUGUGCAAUUAUUCUACAAUGAAUAGGGCGAGCAGAAAAUUUCGUGCGUGACAAAGGACUAUUAAGGUCGAGGGAUAGAAAUGACGAAAGAAUGUGUGUGACGGUUCGUGAACUGACAGUGGUAAUGAUAAUACACGGGCCUAUGUGAAGACCUAUCAAGUAACAGGCUCAAUGUAUUGGUGUAUAAUUGAGCGAGUAGGUUUUUAUUUGAAGAGGAUCUAUACCCUAUGCUCUGUUACUGAGGGAAACUUACGAGUAGAAUAACAUUUUAUGCACUGAUAACUGUGUUAAGAAUAGACCUGACUUUGCUCGUCACAGGAGUCUGUUUUAUAAACAUCAACGUAUCGUGUUCGCUUGUGCUGCACAGUUGUAUGAAAUUUCAUUCAUCUACAGCUCCGUUAAUCCAUAAUAAAUUAUUGUUGUUGUUCGCAUUGUAACAUGAACAUUUGAGAUUAUAUUUACGAGAAAUGACUAUUUGAAUAGCCAAUAAUUGUUAUAUUACCCAUUACUUAGGGGCAUAUUUGUUUUUUUUAUGAUUUAAAGAGAAAGAGAGAAGAGAGAAACAAUUGUCUCAAUGUUAAGAUUUCUUAAUGUGUGAGUAUAUAUUUUAUGUAAAAGUGGUUUGAUAACUUUUUUUUUAAAUGAGAUUGCGGUGCUCAAAAUUGACUAAAAAAUGGACAACUUUUUUGUGAACUUACAGCAAAAAAUGUAAAUAUUUUUUAAUGUUUUAUGCCCUACAUUCAGGGAUGAAUUACUCACAAUUUUAGUGGAAGUUUUCUGGAACUUACACAUUUUUACAUUUUCAAUUUAUGUAUCAAAUCUCAACAUGAAUGGUGAUCUGCAAACGUUAUAUUGUAGACUAUUUGUAAAUAUUUUAAUUUAUUUAACAAGAAAUUGAGAGAGUUAGUUUGUAUAUACAUAUAUUGGCUUAUAGGGCGCAUUGAGAAAGACUAUAGGCCGCGUUUAUAAAGAAGAUAUACGUCUAGUCCCGGUAUUUCAUGAUUUACUUUCUAAAUCGUCGUUCUUUUUGCAUGUGAAAAAGGGUACAAAAUACGCAUAUUUCACUAAUUUCGUACAUGUUUGUAUAUUUUUGAAGUGCUUUGUUUAUGAAUAAAAAACGGAUCUGCAUGAAAUCCAAUAUGGCGCUACCCAUGCAAUUAUUUUUGCGGAAAUGACGUAGUCUUCCGGUCAAUAUAAUAUGCGGACGGAGCGCCAUUUUUAUGCCAUUAUUCUUUUCAUUACUAUACAAUGGACCUAUAUUAGAGACAUUCCAAUGUAUGAUCACAUUAUCACCGGUUCAUACAUUGUAAAUGUGUCAUCUCAUGAUAUCUCUGCUCUUCAAAUUCUAGAUUUAUCUGAGCAUUAUGUUUUGCAUAUAUUACUUUUGAAAUCCAUUUGCCACUAUAUGAAAACUAUUGUAAUAGAUUGUAAAAUUGUUUUAAAUGAAUAAAAGUUAUGAAAGUGA